AAACUAGGGUUUAAUUUUCUUUCUCUGUUCAAGUCUCAGAUUUGACCAGCUGGGUCGAGAAUUUCGCUUCUCCUCGAUCAUAAAUCAAAGUUGAUUCAAAGAGAUUUGAUUUCGCCACAGAGAUCUCUUUUAGAAACAUGUUGAGCAAAUGAAGGUUUGUUUGAUGAGAUGGGUUGUGUAUUGGGUCGACCCGGAUCAUCAGGAUCAGUUUCUGGGUCUAGAGACGAAGUUAGUACAAGGAUUGAGUCUAAUCGACAUGAAGUUAACAAUGUGUCUGUGACCAAAACCGAAACAACAGAGAGCACUAGUGUUGUUGUUGCUUCUGCUUCUAAUGGUGAGGAGGUUAGGAAUCAUGAAGCUGUUGUGGAUCAGAAGGAAGAGAAUGGCUUUGUUGUGACUGAGGCCAAAGAGAGGAAAUCGAAAGGCGAACGAAAAAGGUCUAAGCCUGACCCGAGAAGGAGCAACCCGCCAAAGAAUUUGCUGGGUGAGCAAGUUGCAGCUGGAUGGCCCUCCUGGUUGUCUGAAAUCUGCGGGGAAGCUUUAAGCGGAUGGCUUCCACGAAAAGCGGAUUCCUUUGAGAAGAUUGAGAAGAUUGGAUCAGGAACGUAUAGUAAUGUGUACAAGGCGAAAGAUUUGUUGACAGGAAACAUUGUGGCUUUAAAGAAAGUUGAGCAGUUGCAUAGGAUAUAUAAGUUAUGUGGAUCGCCUUCGGAAGAGUAUUGGAAGAAGAUUAGGCUUCCUUCUACUCAUAAGCAUGCUCAUCACAAGCCUUUACCGCAGUAUAAGAGAAGAAUAAGAGAGGUUUACAAAGAUUUCUCUCCUGAGGCGCUUUCUUUACUCGAUACGCUUCUAGCGGUCGAUCCAGCUGAGCGCCAGACAGCUACAGAUGCGUUGAUGAGUGAUUUCUUCACCACGGAGCCAUUGGCAUGUCAACCUUCUGAUCUCCCGAAAUAUCCUCCAACUAAAGAGAUUGAUGCCAAGAGACGAGAUGAAGAGUAUCGAAGACAAAGAGAAGCCCGUAAGGCCCAAGGAGAGAGCGGAAGAAGAAUGAGACCCCGAGAACGAGCCCCAAGAGCAAUGCCGGCUCCUGAAGCCAAUGCCGAAAAUCAAGCUAACAUUGAUAGGAUGCGUUUGAUCACACACGCGAAUGCUAAGAGCAAGAGUGAGAAGUUUCCUCCACCGCAUCAAGACGGGUCGCUCGGUUUUCAGGUGGGAUCUUCAAGGCGACUGGAUCCAUCAGAGAUACCGUAUAGCACAAACUCAUUCACAUCAUCAUACUCGAAAGAGCCAUAUCAGACAUGUUUCGUCUCGCAAGUAAUGGAAGAUAGCAGCUCCACGGCGAGUAAUGUGGCCCGAGCGAUUCUCGCCAUCGUCGAUUAUAGCUCCACGUCCGACACUCGCAAAUCGGCGGUCGAAUUCCUGGAUUCUAUCAAAUCUGGAGAUGUCAGGGUUUUGGCAAACACUUCUUUUCAUCUUGUGAAAAAAGAGUGGUCUUCUGAAAUUCGUCUCCAUGCUUUUAAGAUGCUACAGCAUUUGGUUAGACUACGAUGGGAUGAAUUAAGUCCUCCGGAGCGCAGGGAUCUUGUUAAUGUUUCUGUUGAACUAAUGUCAGAGAUUGCUAAUGCAUGCGAGAAUUGGCCUCUUAAGAGUCAGUCAGCUGCCCUUGUAGCUGAGAUAGUUAGAAGAGAAGGCCCUGAUGUUUGGCAAGAGAUAUUUACUAUAUUAACUUCAUUGUCUGCUCAGGGCCCCUUACAAGCUGAAUUGGUCUUGAUGACUCUGAGAUGGCUUCCUGAAGAUAUUACAAUUUACAAUGACGACUUGGAAGGUGACAGGCGUAGGCUACUGUUGCGGGGACUUACUCAAUCUCUGCCUGAGAUUUUGCCUUUAUUGUAUAAUCUUCUUGAGAGACACUUUGGAGCUGCAAUGAGUGAAGCUGGUAGGCAGCAGUAUGACUUGGCAAAACAGCAUGCAGAUGUGGUUAUAGCUUGCUUGAAUGCCAUCAUUGCAUACACUGAGUGGGCUCCUGUUCCAGAUCUUGCCAGAUAUGGAGUUCUUAGUGGGUGCAGCUUCUUGCUUUCUUCUCCUGACUUCCGUCUUCAUGCUUGUGAGGUUUUCAAACUCGUCUGCUCAAGAAAAAGACCCAGUGAUACUUCUACUGCAGAGUUCGAUUCUGCAAUUAGCAAUUUGUUUCAGAUCCUGACGAAUGCCUCCAGAGAAUUCUUAUGUAGAUCCUCCUCAAGUUCUAGCGUUAUAGAUGAAAAUGAUUAUGAUUUUGCUGUAUGCUUGUGUGAGAGUAUGGCCUCUUUAGGCUCAACUAACUUGCAAUGCAUCUCUCCUGAUGGUGGUGUUAUGGCUGUUUAUCUUCAGCAGAUGCUUGGCUUUUUCCAACACUUCAAGUUGGGCCUUCACUUCGAGGCACUUCUCUUUUGGCUGUCAUUGAUGCGGGAUUUACUUCCAAAGCCUAAGGCUGCGGCUUAUCCAAGUGGUGGGGGAUCAUCAACUGGCGGUGUGGAUAGUUCAAGCCAGGUUGAUAGUGAAAAGAAAAAGACUUUAAGUCUUAUUAAUGAUGACAUCUCUAGCGUUAUACUGGAUGUAUCUUUCCAGCGGAUGCUCAAGAAAGAAAAAGUUCCUACUGGAAUUGCUCUUUCGCUUGGGCCUCUAGAACUCUGGAGUGAUGAAUUUGAAGGGAAGGGAGACUUUGGCCCGUACCGAUCAAAGCUUCUAGAAUUGAUCAAGCUUACUGCUUCUCACAAGCCUCUCAUCUCCAGUACCAAAAUAUCUGAAAGGGUGAUUACACUCAUUAAGCACCUAUUGGCUUCUCCAGCACCUCUUCAGGAUGUAGCAGUGAUGGACAGCCAGCAGUUAGCACUUGACUGUAUUGUGGCAACGCUUUUUGAUGGAUCAAAUGAGUUUGCUGGUGGAAGUUCUGAAGUUCAUUAUGCAUUACGUGGAAUAUUUGAGGGAUUGCUUCAGCAGCUUCUCUCUUUGAAAUGGAAUGAACCAGAACUUAUGAAAGUGCAUGUGCACUAUCUGGAUGCAAUGGGUCCCUUUCUCAAGUAUUUUCCAGAUGCAGUUGGAAGUGUGAUCAAUAAAUUAUUUGAGCUUCUCACCUCUCUUCCACACGUUGUGAAGGAUCCAGCUACUAGUACAUCUAGAGCUGCAAGAUUGCAGAUUUGCACAUCUUUCAUAAGAAUAGCCAAAGCUGCAGAGAAAAGUGUUCUGCCUCACAUGAAGGGUAUUGCUGAUACAAUGGGGUAUUUGGCAAAAGAAGGAACUUUACUCCGUGGGGAGCAUAACAUUCUGGGUGAAGCAUUUCUUGUUAUGGCUUCCUCAGCAGGAGCUCAACAGCAGCAAGAAGUUCUAGCUUGGUUAUUGGAACCAUUGAGUCAACAGUGGAUCCAACCAGAGUGGCAGAACAAUUAUCUAUCAGACCCGAUGGGUCUUGUUCGUUUAUGCUCCAACACAUCCUUCAUGUGGUCCAUAUUCCACACUGUUACAUUCUUUGAGAAAGCACUCAAGCGAAGUGGAUACAGAAAAAGCAAUUUGAACACGACCUCUGCAACAACCCCAGCUUCACAUCCUAUGGCUCAUCAUCUUUCUUGGAUGUUGCCACCCCUCUUAAAACUACUCCGUGUUCUUCAUUCCCUUUGGUCUCCCUCUGUAUUUCAAACAUUACCCCCAGAACUGAGGGCAGCAAUGACAAUGACUGAUGCUGAGCGAUGCAGUCUCCUUGGUGAAGCAAAUCCUAAAUUGUCAAAAGGUACAUCGGUUUAUGCUGAUGGGUCAUUCGAUGGAAAUAAGGAAGGACAAGUCGAGGCAAGUGAAUCUGAUAUACGAAAUUGGUUGAAAGGUAUCCGAGAUUGUGGAUACAACGUGUUGGGCCUAUCAACAACCAUCGGAGAGACAUUCUUUAAAUGCUUAGAUGCUAACUAUGUUGCGAUGGCACUCAUGGAAAAUUUGCAGUCGAUGGAAUUCAGGCACAUUCGGCUGUUUAUUCAUACCUUUAUAACUUAUAUAGUCAAAUCUUGUCCGGCGGAUAUGUGGGAGUCAUGGCUCGGAGUGCUUCUGCACCCAUUGUUUAUUCACUGUCAGCAAGCUCUCAGCUCCUCCUGGUCCGGUCUUCUACAAGAGGGCAGAGCAAAGGUUCCGGACUUGUUUGGCAUACAAAGUGGAUCAGACAUGAAACUUGAAGUGAUGGAGGAAAAACUGUUAAGAGAUUUAACUCGGGAGAUUGCGACUCUCUUUUCAACAAUGGCUUCUCCUGGACUAAACACAGGAGUUCCAGUUUUGGAACAUUCAGGACAUGUUGGUCGUGUGGACAUGUCUACUCUCACGGAUUUGCAUGCGUUCAGAUCCAACUCUAUGGUUGGUUUCCUCCUGAAUCACAAAAGCGUAGCUCUACCAGCACUGCAGAUCUGUUUAGAAGCCUUUACCUGGACAGAUGGAGAAGCGACUACCAAAGUCUGUUACUUUUGUGGUGUUGUUGUUCUUCUAGCUAAACUAACAAAUAACGUGGAGCUCCGAGGAUUUGUUUCAAAAGAUAUGUUCUCUGCAGUCAUCCGCGGCUUAGGCAUGGAAUCCAAUGCCAUUAACAGCCCUGAUUUAGUUAAUAUAUGCCGUGAAAUAUUUAUCUAUCUCUCUGACAGAGACCCAGCUCCUCGCCAGGUUUUGCUUUCGCUCCCGUGUCUCACUCCCAACGACUUGCAUGCUUUUGAAGAAGCUGCAGCCAAAACUACCAGCCCCAAAGAACAAAAGCAGCUUAUGAGGAGCUUGUUGUUGUUAGGUACUGGGAACAACUUAAAAGCACUUGCUGCUCAAAAAAAUCUGAAUGUUAUCACCAAUGUCACAGCAAGAUCGCGGCUACCCGCAAGCGCUCCAGAAACAAUUGGAGCGGGUGUUUUGUGGGAGGAAGAGCUCUUACAAUGAUUAAAGAGUUGUACAGAGUCUAAAUAGAGUUUAUUUGAGAUG